UACAAAAUUUCAGAGAGCGGCGAAAGUAGAUUCACCUGUGCUUCACUUCUGCUGCAACAUCGCAACCGGCCGCAGUCGAACUACUUGGAUAGCUCUGAGACAGAGAUAUAAGCGUCGGUUGUUGCCAACUGUCGUACCGUCUGGUACGACCGCAACGAACGUAGGGUUAGGAUGGGCAGCGCCGAAGCAAGCCUCGAAAAUGCUCCCACAGCUUUCAUACUGGUGAUGUGCGCCGGGCUGGCGACAGGCAUCGGUGCGGCCUUCGUCUUCAGUAAGAGACUGGUAAAGCUGGCGAGCAAGAAGGUCCUGGCAGGGUCGCUAGGCAUGUCUGCCGGGGUGAUGCUGUACAUCGCGCUCAUAAACAUCUUCGGCGAGUCCGUGGAGGCCUUUCACCACCACGGCUACUCGGACGCGGACGCGUACUUGUACGCGACAUUGAGCCUGUUCGGGGGCAUGCUUUGCUACAGGGGCAUCGAAUUCGUGGUGCAACUCCUGGGGGGGGGGGCCUUCGGCGAACACAAUUUGGAGUUCGACCAGUACGAUCUCAACAACUCUUCGUCCAACACCGUCACAGCGAGUGGCGACAGCAGCAGGAACUCCACGAUCAAGCGGGAGGGACCACGGGACGUCGAGCAACCGCAGCCGCAAGAAACGACCGGCGGGGCGAACGCCGUGUCUGGGGAUGAAGCGAAACUCGUUCACAUGGGGUUGCUGACCGCCGUUGCGAUCGGCAUCCACAAUUUUCCGGAUGGGCUGGCGACGUUCGUUUCCUCGCUCGCCGACCCCUCCGUGGGGCUCGCCCUGGCGGUGGCCAUUGCCAUCCACAACAUCCCGGAGGGUAUGUGCGUGGCGAUGCCUGUCUACUACGGGACCGGGAGCCGAUGCAAGGCGUUCGGGUGGGCUCUGCUUUCCGGCGCCACCGAGCCGAUCGGAGCCGCCCUGGGGUGGCUAAUCUUGAAGGACGUCAUGAGCGAGCUCGUGUACGGGAUCCUUUUCGGCUUGGUGGCCGGAAUCAUGGUGAACGUCGUGAUCCACGAUCUGAUCCCCACCGCGGUGAGGUUCGACCCGGCGGACAAGGUAACCACCAACUCCAUCUCCGCCGGCAUGGCCAUCAUGGCCCUGAGCCUCGUGCUUUUCGUCCGAUCCGGAGGUCACUGAUUACCUUUCUUGCACGUAGAGAGGAGAGAGCCUCGCAUAGUUUCCUUGUAUUGAGGGGAAUAGCGACUCUUCGUGUGGUACGGCAGCUCGCUUUGUUUUCUAGGAGCAGGCUCUGAUCAAACGGCGUUUUUUGUGAUUGAUUGUUGAGGUUCUAUAUGUUAAGACAACUCCGGACACAUACCCCCUCCGGCAAUUUCGGUCAAUGUUUAAUAAAAUAUAUCACUGACUCCCUUCUGCAGAGGGGUUUAUAUCCACGGGGAGCCUUACGCAAUAUUACAGAAAGUAGAAUCCCCUGAAUGAAAGUUAGAGCCCCCCUCUCCCCCCCGGUGUUUGCCAUCGGGGAUGGGUUUUCGUCGCUUGGCAACGACGUUGUAAAACAAGCCAAUUCACUUCGUGAACUCGGCAACCAGGUUACCGUUUUUUUUUUUUUUCCUCCGGUUUUUUGUUUGGCGGUAAUCAUAAUGGUGGUCGAGUAGAUCAUGUUGUGCGGGGUCGAGAACCCUCACUCCGCGCAAGGAGGAUGAUCGCACCACGUUGUGUCAAAAUGGUCAAGCAUCCUCGAGGCAGUUACACAGUGCUUACAACUGUCUCAGGGAGUGAAAGCACCAGAAAAUAAAUUAAUUCAUACGCAGCUGUCAUCCGUACGCAAGGAAGUAAGCACAAUAUGCCGAACACUCUUAGCAGGAUGCAGCGCACCUUUCAUGCGACUCGCCGAAUACCUCAACGGCGCUUCGCGCUUGGUGAUGUGAGAGCCUGGUCCGGUGAGAACCCGUCGUUCUCCGUCCCGGCUUUGUAGGGAUGCGAGGUCAAUGGUCAAUGGUCACGACUAUGAGUACACCCCCCGCCCCCAAAAUCACACACACACCCUCCACGGAUUCUGUUUUUCGAUCAAAGAGUAGGCCUAGACUUUUUCGCGUAGGCCCUUGGCCGUGGGUCUACAUUUCUAGGCUUUUUGCACAAAUUGCGUUUUUUUCUGAAGAAAGAGUGGAAACGGACUGAACGUGAGAGAGCAGGCCACGUGGGUGCGAGAGCCCCGCUGCCUUGGUGCAUUGCACAUACAUGGCCGUUUGUGUGUUGAGCCCAAUCUGGCGCAGUCUACGCUCUUCUCGGUGUGAACAUUUGACGUAUGCGUAUCAGCCAGGGUCGCACAAAAGGACGGUCGCACAAUGUAAUUGUAUUUUUUUUAGAGUAUUGGCCUGCGCCUUUAGCCCGUGAUGUUGACUUCCAGACUCUGUUUACCUCGGGCAGCGGGUAGAGACGAGCGAAGGAUUCUAGACUAUCUGCCAUUGGCCUCUAUUGACUUGCGAACCCGUUCCGGGUCCAUCAUAUUUAGUAUUAUACCUUUUUGGAUAAAUUAGCCUGUGACGACGGGAAUCGACCGCGUCAAGUGGCAGCCUACGUGUAGUACGGACAGAAGAAGGCACGGGAUAGAGAGAUCGGAACGGUUUUAUGUUUUUUCUUGUGACGACAACAACAACACUUGGUUACAUCAUUCCUUUCGCUUGCAUGCCUCUACAAUUAUGUUUUUUUCGCGAGAUUGGAUUCAACCGUCCUUUUCCCUAGUUAAUCGUUCAGUCGAGGCGUGCACUC